AUGGAUCACAUAGAAGAGACCUUCUACUCUGAGAAAGAGACUGCAAUCGAGCCUGAUCUUGGAGACUUGCGAAAGUCUACCGACAAGGCCUUACCUGCGCCGCCCAAAACACCAAAGAGAGUGUUGAUGAAGUAUCGGUUCUCUGCCGUCUUUCCAAUCGCAUUCGCUGUCGCAAGCUUCGUUUUUACGUUAGUACUGGUACUGGCAGGAAGCGACAAACACACUUUUGGUGGACAGUACAUGGUGGCUCUAAACACUUCGUCAAUCACCCAAGAUGUCACCCAAGAUGGCACCCAGCCACAUGCGAUAUCGACGCGAUCGGAAGGCGUGAAUGGAAAAGCGCUAGCAGACGUCUACUAUCUCUAUCUGAGGACAGUCUGCUCCGGCUUUGUGUCAAACGCUCGAGACGAUGCUUCCGACCUUGUUAUCGUAGAGCGAUGCGAACGUUACAGCGAAGCCAAUGAUCGACUCUUGACACUGACAGUGCCGACUAAUGGGCGUAAAGACUCACUGUCCCCGGUUUUCUUAGUCUCUACGCUCCUCAAGACUAUGACUACCAUAUUGGCCGGCGUGCGACAGGCGGUCUUUGCUUGCUUACUCGUCUCGCUCGUUGCUGCUGGGUUCUCCGCUGUUUCCGCCAUUCCCGCCAUCUUCUUCCCACACUCGAAACUCCUUGCCUACUUCAACAUCUUCUGGCCAUUUCUUGCGGGUGUAGUCGUCUUUGUCGCCGCCAUUCUGCUCACGGUGUUGACAUCUGGGGUCUUCGCAGUGGCUGGCGAGAUCAUUAAUGUUGCUGGCGCGGGGGUCCAUCGAGGUACAUCCGCGCUCCUGAUCGUGUGGCUGGCAUGGUUUCUCGUGUCUUUAUCGGUAGUUUACUGGGGUAUUGUUUGGUUCGUGGAGGUUAGGCAAUCAAGCUUCACCAGGAGAAAGAGGAGCGAUGACGAAGUGGGCAACUGGAAGAACAUUGGGAAGGAGUAUGUCACAUGCAAGGCCGACAUGGCAAGAGCAUUCAUGUUGACUGUGCUUUACAUUCCAGAGGACGUGAUAUUACGCGAGUAA